CUUCUCAGCAGUUAAAGGGAAGUGGGCCCUUGCUUGCUCUCGAGUAUCCUCAGUAGUCUGCGUUCACAAAUGAAGAGGUGACAACAUGAAUGGCUCCAGCAUGCUGCCGAGCAAAGAGACAGAGGCCUGGGACGGAGGGAUGGCGGUGGCCUGCGUGAUCCUGGUUCUGUCCUUCCUGGUGGGAGCUCCUGGGAAUCUCCUGGUGAUCUGGACCAUCCUGAGGCACAUCGAGAAGCGCUCCCACACCGUGGUGCUCAUCCUCCACCUCGCGGUCGCUGACCUGCUGGUGCUGGUCACCCUGCCUUUGUGGAUCUACUCCCUGGCCCACUCCUGGGUUUUUGGGGAGGGCAUGUGCAAAGCCGUGGUCUACGUCAUAAACUCCUCCAUGUAUGGCAGCGUGUUCAUCAUCACGCUCAUGAGCGUGGAGCGGUUCGUGGCCAUCCGAUACCCCUUCGCCUCCAUCAGCUGGAGGAAGAAGGACCUCCUGACCAAGGUCCUGCUGGCCCUCUGGGCUCUGGCUUUCCUCUUCAGCGUUCCCGUGAUCCCGACGCAAGUGGUCGACGAGGUGGGGGAACGAGAGCAGUGCCUGUUCAGGGACUACUCCUCCGUCAGCCAGGAGGUGGUCUGCCUGCUGCUGGAGACCCUGAUGGGCUUCGUCGUGCCCUUCUCUGUGCUCGUGGUCUGCUACAGCUGCGUGUGUAGCCGCAUUGCCCGGAUGACCUUCAAGGCCAAGCAGAAAUCCACGCUCCUGAUCACCAGCGUGGUGGCCGUCUUCGGCCUGUGCUGGACGCCUCACCAUGUGGGAAACGCGCUCUCGCUCGUGGCCAUGGCCAUCCAGGAGUGGCACCCCAGCGCGUCCAAGAGUCUGGAGGAAGCCAGAGGCACCAUGGCGUUGAUUGCGGGGGCCAUGGCGUUCAUCAGCAGCACCGCCAACCCUCUCCUUUACCUGUGUGCCGCACGCUCUUUCAGGAGCUCGCUGCGUGACACCGGCAUGCGGAAACUCUUUCGGCAUAUUUCCAGCUCGGCUACGGGCGAGAGGAAUAAAGAGUUGUCCUUCGUGUCGAAGAGGCAAAGCAGCACGCAACAGGAGUGUACUUUGUGCAGCUCAGAUUCAAAAAUACAGGCUACGGACACACAGGAUACAGACGCAGUUCAGCUGAACCUAUAUGAACAGAUUAUCCUCUAAAGUUUUAUCGAGGCAUUUGCCAUGAAUCAUUUGAAAGGUAUGUUGUUUGUCAUCCACUUCUAGAUCUAGAUAAUGCAUCUAGAUUGUUUAUGUAACCUCAAAUUCACUUAAUACAGAUUUAUGCUUUGAAAUGUAUACAUUUUUGGAAAAUGUGACUCUUGAACGUUCCUUUGCCUUUCAUAACUGUUGAUCUGGGAGGAAACUGGGAGGAAGCCUGAGUCUCGGGCUGCUUAUCCAAGAGAGUGGUUGCUUAACCGGGUUUAUUUUAGAUCUUGCUGACAUGGUAAGAUAGAGUUUCACACUCUGCUCUGGAUUGAUUAUGAUGACAGGGAUCUUUCUGUGCUAAAAUCACUUUUAAAAUGAGGCUGAGCACCUGCUGUGCAACAGAAUCUUUCAACAAUUAACACAGUUGGCUCAGUCACAGAUUUUUAUAUUCAUGUAUAGAUGUUGUCUUGACAGUUGUAUUACACUGUAUGAUAGUAUAGCGGUAUGAUACAGCAUGAAUCUUCAGACUGAUUUAUUGUGAAAUAAAUGUCUCAGACAGCUUAGUCUGCCUCACUGUUCAUACGCCAAGCUACUAAUUCCUUGGUCCACAGUUUCUACUUCCUGUUUUGUGAAUUGCAACAUAAGGGGGUUUCAAAAUCUGCUUAAAGGUUUGUAUCAGAGAUAAUGGAGAAUAGUUAUGUUUGUUUUUACCAAAUUCUAAUAAUGUCAUUAAUGUCAUAAUGUUGACUGGAAACUCAAUGAAGGUGCCAUUUCUGUAAACAUACUUUUGUAUAGUUCAUAUAUCUUAUAAUGUUUAGUUUUAUUGCCUCAUGCAUGAACUUUAUAAAUAUAUAAUCUGUAUCUAUUCUCUAUGCCCAAUACAAUAAAAUCUAUAUAUAAAUGCA